UUGGAACUGACGUUUGCCAGGCGGCGUCUUCUCAAAUCCACGAAAAAACAAAGAUUGAUGAGCAAUCAGCAGCACCACCUGCUACCCUUCUAAGCUGAGCAGCACAGCCAACCAUCACUUUUUGGCUGAAAGUACGAAUAGUUUGUUAUCUUUCUAUCACUAUUUUCUGCCAUAGUUACCAAGAUGAUGCCCCCAAGUCGUAAACGUCAAUCAUCUGGUCUCUGCGUUGUUGCGGCCGUAGCAGCGGUCUCCAUGAGAGUCGUUUCGGUGGGUGCCUUUACUUCUCCCUUUAUCCAUCCACAACCACACCACCACAACAAUCUACAACUCUCGCCUCCACGAGCAUCUACAGCUCUUGCCGCAUCGGGGGAUGUCCAAUGGUUUAGUUCUCUCUCGAUUGAUAAUAAUAAACCAUCCCACGACGAACCCGAUCUAUGGACCAACCCCGGCGAUGAUGUCAAAAACUUUCGACGAGUUAUGGAUCCGACCAACAAGGUCAUGAAUGAAAUCCAACUUUCCGAUACUCUACUAUCGGCAGCAAUGAAAUCCAAAAAGCAAAAAGAACCGUCCCAUGCACUCCAGCAAGAAGUGUCGUCUCGGCGAAAAGUAAGAGCCACUGUGAGUGAAACCGGAACGGACAGCAUGAGACAUUACAUCAAAAUGAUGUGCAAUCAUGAACUCUUGAACAAAAAUGAAGAAGUGGUUUUGGCACGAGAGAUUCAGCUUCUCAUUGCAUAUGAAGAGGAACGAGAAAUGCUCGAGGAACAACUCAUGAGACCACCGACUUACGCCGAAUGGGCCGCUGCCGUGCGCCCCGACAUGACGGUGCCGGAAUUGAAGAAACAGAUUCGACGAUCUAUCCGGGCCAAGGCAGCACUCAUCGAAUCCAACAUUCGAUUGGUCGUAUCCAUUGCCAAACGAUACCAAAAGAGAGGUUUGUCCUUUCAAGACUUGAGUCAAGAAGGAAUCUUGGGAUUGACACGAGCCACCGAAAAGUUUGAUCCGGAACGAGGAUUCCGCUUUUCCACAUAUGCCACAUGGUGGAUCAAACAAUCCAUCAUGAGAGCCAUUGCCGAUCAGGGGCGCGUCAUUCGACUGCCCGUCCACAUUCACGAUCAGCUCAAUAGUUUGCGCAAGACCACGCGAGAACUCAACUCGGAGUUGGGCAGGGAUCCCACCACGGAGGAAUUGACCAACCGAACCAAGCUCACGUCCGCGCGCAUCGAUUUCCUCAACCGAGUCUCGCAACAGUCCAUCUCGAUGGAAACCGAAUUGAAAUCAUCCAAGACCAAGGGAUCCGGUGCUGGAUUGGGAGGUGCGGACGGUCUGACGGUGGGUGACACUGUCGGGGAUCCCGAGCAAGCACCUGUCGAUCAAGCAUCCUACCAAAUGCUCAAGGAUGACAUUUCGCGUUUGAUUUGUACUCUGAACCGUCGAGAACAGGCCGUCAUUCGCAUGCGGUUUGGUUUGGAUGACGGCAAGGCCAAGACGUUGGAAGACAUUGGAAACCGCUUUUCUGUCACGCGAGAGCGAAUACGACAAAUUGAAGCCCGGGCACUGCACAAACUACGACAGCCCUAUCGCAAUCACUCGGUCAAGUGCUAUGUGAAGGAUUAUUCAUGAGAGAACUCCAAACAACCAAUUUUCGUCCCACACUGCCGGGGCUAGCGCAAGUCGUUGUGAUCAACCACAACAUGCGGCACAAACAAACAUGCUUAAAUUUUAAUCUAGCAACAACUUCCAGGUUCUAAUGGGUAGCUUGGAUAAUGUUAUUAGCUAGCUCGGUAUGCAUACAUGAAACGACCGUUGGCUCUACUCGAGCCAAGCCACGUCAAGCAACAUGGUGAGAAGCUACAGCGUUCACCCCUCCUGCGGUUUGCGCAAGUCGUUGUGAUCAAACAUGCUUGAAUAUCGCAACAACUGUCAGGAUCUCUCUUGAGUAGUUUGAAUAGUCUAAUGUUAGUAGCUAGCUAGGUAUGCAUAUUUGAUG